AAAAUGACCCUCAACAACGUUACCAUGCGUCGCACCCACAACAGCAGCCUGCAGCAGCAGCAGCAGCGAUGGAGCAUCCCUGCCGACGGAAAGAAUCUGCUGGUCCAGAAGGACUCCAACGAAUACAACCCGCAGAAGCGAUACACCAUCAGUCCUGAUGAAUAUUACAGAAGGAGCUGGUCCUCGGAGUCGUCCGACUCCGUAAUCUCCUCUGAGUCUGGCAGCAAUUGCUACCGGGUGGUGCUGAUCGGGGAGCACGGCGUAGGCAAGUCCUCGCUAGCCAACAUCUUUGCGGGAGUGCAUGACAGCAUCGACAGUGACUGCGAGGUGCUGGGAGAAGACACAUAUGAAAGAACCCUGAUGGUGGAUGGGGAAAGUGCAACUAUUAUACUGCUCGACAUGUGGGAUAAUAAGCGUGAGGGAGAAUGGAUUCGAGACCACUGCAUGCAAGUGGGAGACGCGUACUUGAUUGUCUACUCCAUCACAGACCGAGCAAGCUUUGAGAAGGCUUCCGAACUCAGAAUACAGCUCCGCAGGGCGCGUCAGAAAGAAGAUAUCCCCAUUAUUUUGGUUGGCAACAAAAGUGACCUUGUCAGGUGCCGUGAGGUUUCAGUGGCAGAGGGACGAGCCUGUGCUGUCGUGUUUGACUGCAAGUUCAUCGAGACCUCGGCAGCCGUGCAGCACAACGUGAAAGAGCUGUUUGAAGGCAUCGUGCGGCAAGUCCGGCUCCGGAGGGACAGCAAAGAAAAGAAUGAGAAGCGGCUGGCGUACCAGAAACGGAGAGAGAGCAUCCCCAAGAAAGCCAGACGGUUUUGGGGCAAAAUAGUUGCCAAGAACAACAAGAACAUGGCCUUCAAACUCAAGUCCAAGUCUUGCCAUGACCUAUCGGUACUUUAAGAACGCUGGACUCUGCCAGAGCUUGUGGCAUUUUGUGGACAUUAUCUAACUAUGUUGUGGGACAAUCAAUCAAUCUAUAUUAGAUUGGGCUAUCAAAGUGACUUAGGUUCACAGUUGUGAUUGUGAUGAUACGUGCUGGCAUAAGAACAGCACAAUGCAUGGAAAUAUCUCUCUCCCCUUUUUUUUUUUUUUUUUCUUUUGUCAGUAGUUUUAAAAGAAAAUUAUAGACCAGAAUGACCCAAAGUUAUGCUGGGAAGUGUUCUGGAAUAUACCUGUUCGUUCUUCUCUAACCUUCGGAUGAUAGUGUAAGAACCUCAAACCGUCAUGACUUGGGAAGUGAAUACAACACUC